AUGGCUGUUCUAGCCCAGCACUAUCCCAACAAAACAGUAACCAUUGUUGAUUUCGACCAAGCCAAACUGCAAUUCUGGGCAGGAGCCAAUGUCGAUUGGGUUGAGCCCGGCUUAGGAGCCUUAGUAGGUAUGGUAAACAAUUUGGGGUUCAGUAACCAAGUAGAACAAGUCAUUAAUCAGUCCCAGGUUAUUUUUAUAUGGGUUGAGAUUCCCACCAAGAGAGGUGGUUUACCGGGUUUAGAUACCACUGAGUGGGAGAGAGCAGUGAGAACAAUCAUGCAAGCGUCUGCUACUUCGAAAAUUGUUGUUGAGAAGAGCACCAUGCCUGUUGACAUGUUUAAUCUCACCACUAGAUUUCUUUCUCAAAGGCCACAAGCUCAAGUUCAACAGAACAUUCAGUUUGCUGUUUUCUCCAAUCCCGAACUUUCUUGCCCAGGUCAAAUGCUAAAUGACAUGCAAUUCCCAGAUCAAGUGAUAAUAGCACGGAAGUCAGAGGUAGGAGAUACUGAUAUCUUAGUGGAAAUGUAUGCACAGUGGGUUCAUCCACAGAGAAUUAUAGUUCUUCCUAAUCAUCUAUCAGCAGAACUUGGGAAGAUCAUCACAAGUGUGAUGGCAGGUUUGAAGAUUACGGUGAUUAAUGUCAUUGAAAGCUACUGUGAAAAAGUUGGGGCAAAUUUUAAUCAUGUCAAACAGAUGCUAGGAAGGGAUUACAGGUUUGAAGAUGCAUUUAUGGAGUCAACAUUAGGAAUUGGUGGGCCUGAUCUACUAAAGGAUAUAGUGUAUUGCAAGGAUGCUCUUCAAAAUGUGGGAUUGGUCACAGAGGCUAAGCUAUUGUCUGACAUAAUUAGGUUGGAUAAGAAGAAGAGGGAGCAUUUUGUGCAAUUGAUGCUAAAUAAUAUGUCAACUUUGGCAGGGAAGAGGGUUGCUGUAUAUGGGGUCACAUACAAGAGCAACAUGGCAGAUCUCACCAAUUCCCCUGCAGUGAGUGUUUGUAAAGCACUUCAGAAGGAACGUGCCAUCAUUCGGAUUUAUGAUCCACUAAGAGAUGAAAAUGCAAUCUUGAACUGCUUCCGUAAUCGUGUAAGGGUGGGAGUAGUUGCUGAUCCACAACAAGCAUAUCAAGGAGCUCAUGCUAUUCUUUUUCUAGUGAAUACGAACCUUCAGCAUAAUUUCCAACAGAUGAGGGCUGCAAUGGUAGAGCCACCAUUCUUAUUUUUCGCCUGCAGACUGAAUGUUAACUAUGAUGCUCUUAGGUUGCAGGGAUUUCAAGUUCAUGUCUUUGGUAAUCAAGAGUAG